AUACUCGUUGAACGGAAAUAAUAAAAAAUGGCGACGGUCAACAGAAAACGUGGGGCACAGAGUCCUGGUGACAAAAAUGCGAAAAAGGGAAAAAUUGUCGGCCAAGGCCCAGAGGAAAUCCAAAAAGAGAUAACGGUGCCAGCACCGAUCUCUCAGGGCAAAUGGACCAACAAGGAGAGAGUCCUGAUUUUCUCCUCCAGAGGAAUCAACUUCAGAACCAGACACCUAAUGCAAGACCUGAGGACCAUGAUGCCGCAUGCAAAGGCAGAUACUAAAAUGGACAGAAAGGAUAAGUUGUUUGUCAUAAAUGAGGUGUGUGAAAUCAAGAACUGCAACAAAUGCCUCUAUUUUGAGGCCAAGAAGAAGCAGGACUUAUAUAUGUGGAUUUCAAACAGCCCCCAUGGACCUUCUGCAAAAUUUCUAGUCCAAAACAUCCAUACACUGGCCGAACUCAAACUGACGGGAAACUGCCUCAAAGGAUCCAGACCGCUGCUCUCAUUUGAUCCUAAAUUCGACAAGGAGCCUCACUAUGCUUUACUCAAAGAGCUCUUCAUCCAGACAUUUUCCACUCCACACUACCAUCCUAAGAGUCAGCCUUUUGUGGACCACGUCUUCACGUUCACCAUCGCGGACAACAGGAUAUGGUUUCGAAACUACCAGAUCAUUGAGGAAGAUGCCUCUCUAGUGGAGAUCGGGCCUCGCUUUGUUCUUAAUCUCAUGAAGAUCUUUCAGGGGAGCUUUGGAGGACCUACACUCUAUGAAAACCCAGACUUCCGUUCUCCUAACAUGCACCGGAGAGAGAUGCGACUGGCGGCAGCAGCCAAAGUGCGAGAGAAGCAGAUGGUGAAGGAGAUGCAGAAAAUGAAGAAGACAUCUGUGAAAGAGGAUUUGGACAAGGACGUUACAGCGGAUGUCUUCCUGACACCGGCUGAGGAAAAGCCCGUUGACAUUCAGACGGAAGCGCCUGAACCAAAAGUGGCGAAGAAGAAGAAACAAAAACCUUUCAAGAGACAAAGGCUGCAGAUGGCACGCAGGUAACCGGAUGGACUGUGUUAAGCUGAGCAAAUACUGCUGCCACAAAUCAUUUAAAAAUAUUUUUGUUACACAUGUAAUCAAAAAACUUGUUUAUUGAGUUUGAUUAAUUUUUCAUGUCAUGGAAAUAAAACAGUUUAAACUUGA